AUCCUGGAGUCUGAGGCAAUGAAUGUAAUGAAUCACUCUGUAGUAUCAGAAUUUGUGUUCAUGGGACUCACCAACUCAUGGGAGAUUCAGCUUCUACUUUUUGUUUUCUCUUUGUUGUUCUACUUUGCAAGCAUGAUGGGAAACCUUGUCAUUGUGUUCACUGUAACCAUGGAUGCUCAUCUGCACUCCCCCAUGUAUUUCCUCCUGGCUAACCUCUCAGUCAUUGAUAUGGCAUUUUGCUCAAUUACAGCCCCUAAGAUGAUUUGUGAUAUUUUCAAGAAGAACAAAGCCAUCUCUUUUUGUGGAUGUAUUACUCAGAUCUUCUUUAACCAUGCUGUUGGGGGCACUGAGAUGGUGCUGCUCAUAGCCAUGGCCUUUGACAGAUAUAUGGCCAUAUGUAAACCUCUUCACUACCUAACUGUCAUGAGCCCAAGAACAUGCCUAUAUUUUUUAGCCACUUCCUUGAUCAUUGGCCUUAUUCACUCAUUGGUCCAGUUAGUUUUUGUGAUAGAUUUACCUUUCUGUGGCCCUAAUAUCUUAGACAGUUUUUACUGUGACCUCCCUCGGCUCCUCAGACUUGCCUGUACAAACACCCAAGAACUGGAGUUCAUGGUCACUGUCAAUAGUGGACUCAUUUCUGUGGGCUCCUUUGUCUUACUGGUAAUUUCCUACAUCUUCAUCCUGUUCACUGUUUGGAAACAUUCUUCUGGUGGUUUAUCCAAGGCCAUCUCCACCCUGUCAGCUCACGUCACUGUGGUCGUCUUGUUCUUUGGACCACUGAUGUUUUUCUGCACAUGGCCUUCUCCCACAUCACACCUGGAUAAAUAUCUGGCUAUUUUUGAUGCACUUAUUACUCCUUUUCUGAAUCCAGUCAUCUACACAUUUAGGAACAAGGACAUGAAAGUGGCAAUGAGGAGACUCUGCAGUCGUCUUGUACGUUUUACAAAGAUUGUAUAAAUGUGUUGGCUAUGAA